CCUUUUCCCUCCUCUUGCUUCUACCUUCCUACGCCCCUCUCUCUCUCUCUAAAGAGACCUCUUGUUCUACAAAAUAUGAUUAUAUAUUGAAGGGUGCAAAAUCCUCUCCUUUCCAACAAGACAAUUGAUGCUUCUCUGUUUAUGAUACCUCAGCUAGCUUCUCUUUCAUUUUCUCUCAAAGGGAAAAGCAGGAUUUGAUUGGAGAGCCUCAUUAAAGAAAAAGUGAAGAAGAAGAAGAAGAAGAAUAAGAAGAAAAGAAGAAGAAGAAGGAAGCUUGGGGAUUUAGAGGCAUGGGUAGAAGGGUUGUUCAUUACUUUCUAUUCCUUCUAUUGGGUCUUCUCAUCUGCUCAGUUCAGGUUCUACAGAGAGAGGAGAAAUGGGGCAAAAGAAAGAAGGAUAUGGUACUGAAAAACACCUACACUCAUCUUCUUCAAUUUCCAUCACCCAAAAGGACAUCACCACCCCAAUAACGACCGUUCCAACUGUGAACCCCACCACACCCUCUUCAACAACUCCUGCUGUGAAUCCAGAUUCGACCCCAGUCUCAAAUCCAGCCACAAAUACCACCCCAACAUCUUCAGGCGCCAGCUGGUGUGUUGCUAGCCAAACUUCAUCACAAACAGCACUGCAGGUUGCUUUAGACUAUGCUUGUGGCUAUGGUGGUGCUGACUGCUCUGCUAUUCAGCCUGCAGGCAGUUGUUACAACCCCAACACCCUCCGUGAUCAUGCUUCUUUUGCAUUCAAUGACUAUUACCAGAAGAACCCAGUUCCAACUAGCUGUAAUUUUGGAGGAACUGCUGUUGUCACAAGCACCGACCCCAGUUCUGGGACAUGCCAGUACCCUUCAACUAGCACGAGUUCAUCGGUUUUAAACACGACAAAUUCAAAUGGGGCAACAGUCUUUGGCUCACAGCCUUCCAGCCCCUCUAGCUCAGCAGUUGCCAUACCUGGUAGCCUCCAACAGUUUUUGGCCUUAGCAUGUAUCAAGGUGCUGUUGCUGCCCAGAGAUCAGUACUAAAUGAGAUGGAAAUAAAGGGGAGUUACUCCUAAUCUUCACAAUUCAGUGGCAAUUCAUUCAGUUGCCCUCAAUUCAGGUUUUUUUUCUACAGCCAACAAGUAUAUAUAGAAAAGGGAAAUGCUGAUCGACUAGGAAACAUAAACAAGGGAUCAAUGCCUUGGUUUCAAAUGAGGUUUUUUUAAUACCCGAGUUGUAAAUGAGUGCUAAGCAAUGGAGAGACAUCUUGUAGGGGGAAGGAGGAGAAACCUGCAGAUGUGGUUUCCUUAAUUGCUAGCAGAAACCAUUGGCAGUAGUUCUUUGUAGUGUAGGGAAUAAUCAUUUUUUUGGAGCAAGUUUUGCUUUGAUUUUUGGAGGUGUUGCUAUAAAUGAUUGAAGUAAGAAUUUUGGUUGGGAAAUUGUUGGUCUUAUAUUCUUCUAAGGCAGUUCUUUAUUCCAUAA